GUUUCACGUACGUGAGCUACAAACGAGAAAGUAUGAAUUCAAUCUACAAAAUUCUUCUCCUUCUUGCUCUAUGCAUUUGCCAUGCACAAUCUGCUGACCCUUUGGGGCAGUUCUGCAAUACCGACACUAACAUCACAAGUGGCAGCAAAAUAUCAGCAAAUAUUGACCACCUGUUAUCUUCUUUGGUUUCCAGAACCGCCUCCAAUGGCUUCACUGCUACUUCUUACGGUCAAGGGCAAGACCAAGUUUUUGGGCUGUCUCAAUGUCGAGGAGACGUCGGCAGCACAGACUGCGCAAGCUGUAUCCAAGAUGCAGCAAAGCAGAUCCGCCAACGCUGUCCAAACCAAGCAGAUGCGAGAAUUUGGUACGACUAUUGCUUCCUACGUUACAACAAUAAGAGCUUCGCUGGUCAAGUAGAUACAUCUUUUGGUAUAUUCUAUUGGAACGUGGAUAACGUAAGCGAUCCUGACAAUUUCAACAAAUACCUUGGAGCCCUCAUGGAUGAAAUCAAAAAACAAGCUGUUGAGCCGAAGAAUGAAGGGCUUGGGAAAGGUGAGACCAAAGUUUCACAAUUUGUUACACUUUACGCUCUGGUUCAAUGCACAAGGGACCUUUCUCCGCUAGAUUGUGCUCAGUGUUUGGCCAUUGCUGUGGGCAAUUUUGAAACCUUUUGCAACAACAGAAAGGGAUGUCGAGUUCUAUAUAGCAGUUGUUAUGUCCGGUAUGAGCUUUAUCCUUUUUUCUUUCCACUCGAUUCAAACAGCAACAUGGCUGAUACUCGAAUGGCCAUAGUUUAUCCAUAACUACUUUCCCAAGCCCAACUGCACGUGAAGGCAAUUAGAGGACACUGCUUUAAACGGCGAUCUGGGGCCUCUAUGUUAGAAAUCUUAAAUGUUUAAAUAUUUCUGCUUUUUUUUUUUUAUUUUUUUUUUAUUUUUUUUAUUUUUUUUUAAUGUGUGAGAAUAAAUUUUAAGGGCUUGAUUUCUGGUCUUACUGGCCUUGUUUGUAGUUUAUUGUUCUGUUUCUUGCUUUAUUUUAUUAGCUGUACUUUUCGAACAGGAA